CAAAGCCGCCGCCGCCACUUUCAACCAACCGACAAUGGAGGCCCUCCACCUCUGCCCCGCCCAUUCCCCCCUCAUCCGCUCCAAACGCCUCCAUUCUCAUCACCUCCCCAGCGGGCCGCACAACCUCAGCACCCGCCGUCCGCUCCGGCCCUUCGUUUCCGCCACCCUGUCCCGACCGACUGCCGAUAUUUCCGCCGAACCCUCCACCUCCGCUGCUUCAUCGGAAACCAUAACGAAGCCGUCUCCGCCUCCCAACCGGGUUUCCUCCAAUUCGCUCCAGUACCCGCCCGGCUUCCUGGGAGCCGUGCCCGACCGUUCGGCCACGGACGGAAACGACAAUGGGAACAUUGUCGACGCCAUGGAGUACUUGACGAACAUUCUGUCGUCCAAGGUGUAUGACGUGGCCAUCGAAUCUCCAUUGGAAUUGGCUACGAAGCUCUCGGAGCGAUUGGGGGUGAAAUUAUGGAUGAAAAGAGAGGACUUGCAGCCUGUUUUCUCGUUCAAGCUUCGUGGGGCUUACAACAUGAUGGCAAAGCUUCCAAGGGAGCAAUUGGAUCGAGGGGUUAUUUGCUCUUCGGCCGGAAACCAUGCCCAGGGAGUUGCUUUGGCUGCUAAGAAGUUGAAAUGCAGUGCCGUGAUUGCUAUGCCCGUCACCACGCCGGAGAUUAAGUGGAAGUCGGUGGAGAGAUUGGGAGCCACGGUUGUUCUUAUAGGGGAUUCAUAUGACGAGGCUCAAGCUUAUGCUAAGAAGCGGGCAAAGGAGGAGGUAAGGACCUUCAUACCUCCUUUUGAUCACCCGGAUGUUAUUAUCGGCCAGGGCACAGUUGGGAUGGAAAUUAUGCGCCAAACAAAGGCUCCAUUGCAUGCAAUUUUUGUGCCUGUUGGGGGCGGUGGCCUUAUAGCUGGUAUUGCUGCAUAUGUAAAGAGGGUUGCUCCAAAGGUGAAGAUUAUUGGUGUGGAGCCCUCUGAUGCAAAUGCACUGGCAUUGUCACUACAUCACGGCCAGAGAAUAAUGUUGGACCAGGUGGGUGGUUUUGCAGAUGGUGUGGCUGUGAAAGAGGUUGGUGAAGAGACCUUCCGCUUAUGCAAGGACAUGGUUGACGGUGUAGUUCUUGUCAGCCGCGAUGCUAUCUGCGGCUCAAUAAAGGAUAUGUUUGAGGAGACAAGGAGCAUUUUAGAACCGGCAGGUGCUCUUUCUCUUGCCGGUGCUGAAGCUUAUUGCAAGUAUUAUGGUCUUAAAGGAGAAAAUGUUGUUGCAAUAACGAGUGGGGCAAAUAUGAACUUUGAUAAAUUGAGAGUGGUGACUGAACUUGCUAAUGUUGGUCGACAACAAGAGGCUGUACUCGCAACUGUUAUGCCCGAGGAGCCUGGGAGCUUUAAACAUUAUUGUGAACUGGUGGGCCCAAUGAAUAUCAGUGAAUUCAAAUACAGACACAAUUCUGAUAAAGAGGCUAUAGUAUUGUACAGUGUUGGUGUGCAUACAGCCUCUGAACUUCAAGAAAUGCAAGAGCGCCUGGAGUCUUCUCAACUCAAGACUUACAAUCUCACGAAAAGUGACUUAGUCAAAGAUCACUUGCGUUACUUGAUGGGGGGCCGAUCAAAUCUUCAAAAUGAGAUUCUUUGUCGCUUUGUCUUCCCAGAAAGACCCGGUGCUCUGAUGAAGUUCUUGGACGCUUUUAGUCCACGUUGGAAUAUUAGUUUGUUCCACUACCGCGGAGAGGGUGAAACCGGGGCAAAUGUGUUGGUUGGGAUCCAAGUUCCUCAAAGCGAGAUCGAUGAGUUCCAUGCUCGAGCCACUACUCUUGGAUACGACUAUGUAGUAGUGACCGAUGAUAUUGACUUCAAGCUUUUGAUGCAUUGAUAAGACCAUCCUGUUACGAAAUCAUGCAUCUCUGGCGCUCGAAUUCUGCAUCGCUAUGUUGUUUAGUCGUGCUUUAUAUAUAUGUUUCUACUGCUGAAACUUUGGGUCAGUUUUAUAGCAUGUAGUGCAUUAAUUUCACUUGGAAUUUAAGAGAAAUAUGUAUUCAAGGGCAAACUAUGAUAUUCUGAUUCUCUAUCUUAAGAACACUGGCGUUUUAGAAUUUCUAA